AUGUCAUCGUCUCACCUGUUUGAAGAGCUAGAAUGUGAUCAACCUGAAAGCCAAACGUUUUUUAAAAAGCUUCAACUUGUCGAUGACUGGAGGAACAUAUUAAAAAAAGGAGUAUUUUUGACUAUAAUCGUUAUCUUUGCGGUUCUAUUAACCUAUUUUCUGGCAAGAAAAUCAAUAUGUGAAACAGGUUUAGAAAAUAUUGCGGGGAACUAUUCUUGCGCUACUGGGUUUACAUAUAUCAGUCAUAAGUGUUGGAAAUUGAUCACUGGCCCACAGAAUAGAACAGAUGCUGAUCAUGCUUGCUUUAAUCAUAAAGGAUCAACACUUUUCUCAAUUAGAAACGAGCAGGAAAAUCAAGAUGUUUAGGAGUUUGUGAAAGACCAGUUGGUUGAGAACCUGUGGACCGGGCUGGUCUGUCGUAGAUAUGAACCGAAAUGGUGUACUUGGGAUGUCAAAAGCGGAACCACCGCCGACUACGACAACUUUGCCGAAGGUUCUUCAAAUAAUGAAUAUGGAGACUGUAUUUAUUAUAUAACUACUGGAACACAAGCCGGCAAAUGGGCAAGUGCAUCAUGCAAUCAGGCGUUGAGUUUUGUGUGUGAGCUACCUGCAACUAUUUAUGAUAGAACAUGCGAAUACAACUACAACAAUCAUUGCUACAUCCCAAAUUUGGAAUGGAAGCUCUCUAGCGAGGCGCAAAGCUAUUGCACAUCAUUGGAUUCUAAUUUGGCUUCAAUUCAGUCUGCAAAUGAAAAUCGCUUCGCAAUGAGCUUAUUUUCCCCGAGAACAGCAAUUGCAAUUGGUGGAGUUGCCGUUUCAGACAACUUUGUUCUAUGGUAUGAUGGAACAAAAACGACUUUUAUCAAUAUAAUCGAGUUUAGAAGAGGGAGUUGUCUUUUCAUUAGAGGUGAUUACGGAGGACACUGGAUAGGUUACGAUUGUCUGUAUGACAAAGCUGUGUUCUUGUGCAAGCGAAACAUUUCAGAAAAGUAG